UCAGUCGUUCGUUUCAAUUGAGUUAAGCCAUAGUCAUUGUGUCUCAGGCAAAUUUAUUAUUUAAGUAAAUUCAUUCAAAUGCUACGUCAUAAUAAGAAAAAAAUAACGCAAUUCAAUGUUUUACGAAUUUAAACAGAAAUGACAUUUGACAAAAUAAAUGAUCUAGUUACAUAAUACAAAACAAACGAAUGGACAGUGUUGAAAUCUGUAAAUAAAGUGCAUUAAUCUAAAAUUCCGUUUACGCAAUUAUGAUUGUAUGCAAUUGACAUUACUUCUUUGUAUGAAGUGAACGACAAGUGUAUCUCUCGUUUAUUGUUGUCAUCGUUAUGAUUUCACGUGUAUACUGUUUACUUCAAUCACAUUCAAAUUUCAAAUAAUUUCCUAAUUAAAAAAAAUUAGCUCAAAGUGUAACGUCUCGUCGAAGACGUUUGCGUUUGCUAUUUUUGUGUGUACUUUUCAUAUUUUGUUCAUUUGAGGAAAAAAAAAUAUAACAAACUAAAUGGACAGUUUCAGUUGUGGAGUUUCAUGUUGGCAUCCACAUUGGAUGAAAAAAUUUGCAAACACACGAUGGUUUAUGAUCACGUAUGGUCUACUGGGUACAAUUCAGUCUACUAGUUAUUUGUACUUUGUUAUAACAUUAACCACCAUUGAAAAACGUUUCAAAAUUCCAAGUCUGACCACAGGAAUUAUUUUAAGUGGCAAUGAAAUAUCGCAGAUUUUAUUAUCAUUAAUUCUAACAUAUUUCGGUGGUCAGAGAAAUCGACCCAGAUGGAUUGCGUGGGGAGUCGUUUUUAGUGCUUUAUCAUGUUUCAUAUUGGCGGCGCCACAUUUCAUCUAUGGUGCCGGAGACGAAGCCUAUUCAUACACUGAAGAAUAUUUAGCCGAUCAUAAAAAUGUCUCCGCAAAAAUUUUCUCAAAAACCGAUUACAAGGAUAAUAAACUGUGCAAAAUGAGUACGAAAAAAGUAGAUGAAUGCGAUGAAGAUGUGUUUUCUUAUGUCCCAUUGGUGUUGAUAUUUUUAUCACAAUUCGUACUCGGCAUCGGUAAUACAUUGUAUUAUUCACUGGGACAAUCAUAUUUAGAUGAUAACACCAAGAAAAAUAACACACCAUUGAUGUUAUCGUACGCAUUUUCGAUGCGAAUGUUUGGUCCCGUCAUUGGAUUUGCGCUCGCGUAUGGAAUGUUAAAAAUAUACAUUGAUCCAACAUUGACACCCGUCAUUCCAAAAGACGAUCCUAGAUGGAUGGGUGCCUGGUGGCUCGGUUGGAUGAUUUUGGGUUUGUUGAUGUUUAUAUUUGCUGGUUUGAUUGGCAUGUUUCCAAAGCAUUUGCCAAAAAAGAUAAAAGUCGUUGAAUACGAAAUUGACGGCGAGAAAUGUAAUCAAAAUAUUGAAGUGAUUGAUAACAAAAGCGAACUCAAAGAUUUUCCGAAUGCGUUGAUGCGUCUCUUAACCAAUAAACUAUUGAUAUACAAUAAUAUUUCAACAAUAUUUUACAUCCUGGGUGCAUCCGGUUUUAUGAUAUUCAUGGGCAGAGUUAUGGAGGUUCAAUUCAAUCGAACAUCAGCUGGUGGCUCUAUAUUUACGGGUCCUAUAACGAUAAUCGGCAUGACAAUUGGGCUUUUGACGUCUGGUUACGUGAUUACUAAGUUUAAACCGCCACCGAAAUAUCUAUUCUUUUGGAAUGUGGUAAUUGGUUUGAUUUCAAUGUGUGCCACACUGUCGUAUACUCAAUUAGGUUGUGAAAGAAACAAUUCUGUGAUAGUAAAUGGAUCAAUUGUAUCGUGUAAUUCAAAUUGUGAAUGUGAUGGCAUUACGUACAGUCCGGUGUGUGAUCAUUCAACUGGCACAACAUUCUAUUCACCAUGUCAUGCUGGGUGCACGACAUUCGACGAAACACGAAAACUUUACACAAAUUGUUCGUGCAAUGCUUUAAGUACAACCGCUUCCAUAUCAACGCUGACCGGAUUUCUAGCCAAUGAAAUUGUAGUGAAAAAUACAAUGUUAAGUAGCGGUUUGAUUUCAAACGAAAAACGCAUUACACUGGAAGAUGUUUAUGAUGAAGAACUGAAACUAAAUAAACCACCACAUGACGAUGAUGUUCCAAUCGAUCAAAAUCAUCUUUAUGACGAAAAUCAUCAGAUCUAUGAGGAUAGUGCCGAUUAUGUGGACAGUUCCGAAAACGAUGCAUUUGUAACAACAGAAAACACACGAAAAAUUGAAGUAAAUAAACGAAACCGUCGCGAUGACAUUUCUAUAGAAACUCAGGCCAACAACGUUAUUUCGCCUGGUGCAUGCGUCGAUCACUGUUAUACCGCUUACUAUGUGUUUUCAUUAAUUUCAAUGUUCUCGAGUUUGAUCAGUUCAACUGGCAGAAUUGGGAAUAUUAUGUUAAAUUUUCGAGCUGUUGAGCCACGCGAUAAAGCCUUCGCCCAAGGUCUAUCCCUGUUUAUGGCUAGUUUGUUUGCAUUGAUACCAGGACCGAUAAUAUUCGGACGGAUCAUAGAUGGGACAUGCUUGGUAUGGAAUUACAAGUGCGGACGACGAGGCAAUUGUCAACUGUAUGAUCCACUUAAAUUCCGAUAUUCGUUACAUUCGUGCGCGGCGUUGUUCAUAUUCUUUGGUGCAUUUUUCGAUCUAUUGGUAUGGUAUCAUGGUAGAAACUUAGAGUUGUAUGGCGAAAAACAAAAACCAAUCGAAAAAGAUAAUUCACCCGAAUGCCAGCCACUGAACAAAUAAUCUAGAGACAAAAACAACGCUUUCCAUUUGUGUGUAUAAUAAUUUAUUGAGGACAGAUUGUUUUUAUUUAUUUAAAAUUUAUCGAUUUUAGUAUAUCUUAUCUGUUCUGAGAAUUUAAUUUUUGAAAAAUACAUUUGUUCAAUAAACUUGAGAUCAUACACUUUAUUGAUUGAAA